UCGAGCACGACCCGCCUUCGCUCCGCUGCUCCUCUUCCCUCCGUCGAGUACCCCCUCGCGCUGCAGCGGACCGCCAUGGCGUCGAAGCUCCUGAGCCGAGCCCGCGCCGUCUCCGCUCGUCUGAGACAUCCGCGGGCGCUGUCGCCGACCCUCGCCGCCGUCGCCCCUUCGAGGCUCCUCUCCGACGUCGCUCCUCGGUCUCUUCCCGCGUCGGCGACCGCGACCGCGACCGGCGGUUCUCCUCCCGCUUCCACCUCGCCAGCUCCUCAAUCCUCCGGAACCGCCGGGAAGUUCGAGCAUAAUGUGAAGGGCUCCUCCGUUCGCUCGUCUCUGAAGGAUCCCGAGCUGGUCAAGUUCUCCGCCAUCGCCGAUACGUGGUGGGAUUCUGAAGGCCCUUUUAAGCCUCUGCACCGGAUGAAUCCUACAAGACUUGCUUUCAUUCGCUCCACUCUUUGUCGACAUUUCGGGAAGGAUCCAUCCACUGCUAGGCCUCUUGAAGGUUUGAAAAUCGUAGACGUUGGUUGUGGCGGUGGAAUUCUUUCAGAGCCGUUGGCCAGGAUGGGAGCUUCAGUAACAGGUGUGGAUGCUGUGGACAAAAACAUCAAGAUUGCACGCAUUCAUGCUGAUUUGGAUCCAGUGACUUCAACGAUUGAAUACUGCUGUACAACAGCUGAAAAGCUUGUUGAAGAACAGAGGAAGUUUGAUGCAGUGAUCUCUUUAGAGGUAAUAGAGCAUGUAGCAGAUCCUGCUGACUUUUGUAAGUCACUCUCGGCAUUGACUAUUCCUGAGGGAGCUAUAGUGAUUUCGACUAUUAACCGUUCUAUGAGAGCAUAUGCGACUGCUAUUGUUGCUGCUGAGUACCUCCUCCGUUGGCUUCCGAAAGGUACACACCAGUGGUCGAGUUUCCUUACCCCUGAAGAGCUAGUGUUGAUCCUACAACGUUCUUCUAUUUGUGUCAAGGAGAUGGCUGGAUUUGUGUACAACCCCUUGACAGGAAGAUGGUCCCUCUCUGAUGAUGUGGGCGUGAAUUUUAUUGCUUUUGGAACGAAAAACAGCCAGUGAAUAAAUGAAUAUUCGCGAGAUAAGUCUCAUGCCGAAUGUUAACAGCUUUCGUGUUAGGAUUGUGUCUCAUACAUGAUUUUAAAUAAAAAUACUAAAUAUUUAUGGAAUAAUAAAGAAAGAAAAAGGUCGUUUUCUUGUG